AUGGAUGUAACGGCGACAGUUCUGCUCCUCUCGCUGGCUGUCCCGGUACUACUGUCGGCGGACAGCGCGAGCAGCAAGGCGCGAAGCUGCGCUGAUGUUCGUCAGUUCUACAGCGGCAAGGGUUUCACGCUAAAUGGAGUUCCUCAGAGCGAGAUAUCUGGUGAACACCUGCGUGUGUGUCCUCAGGGCUACACAUGUUGUACCAGUGCCAUGGAGGAGACUCUUGUGGCUCUGAGUCGCAGAGAGCUGGAGGGACUUGUGAGAGAGGCGGGGAGAUCCGUCCAGGCCACACUCAACGCACAGUACCGCAGCUUUGACACGUACUUCCUGGAGCUGCUGGACGGUUCCGAGCGCUGGCUGGAGUCGGAGUUCCCGGAGGCGGUGGGCGCGCUCUACGAGCGGAACGCCGGGCUGUUCCGCGAGUUCUACGCCGACCUGCGGCGGUUCUACCGCGGAACCUCGCUGAGCCUGGACGAGGCGCUGGACGACCUCUGGACGCGCCUGCUCGAGCGCCGCCUCAAGGCCACGCCCAACGUCACCACGGCGACCGACGGCCUGACGGACGACUUCCUGGAGUGCGGCGUGAAGCAGGCGGAGGCUCAGCAGCCGUACGGAGACGCUCCGCGCGACAUGAAGGCCGCCCUGCUCAGGACGCUCAUCAGCGCACGAGCCUUCACACAGGCCCUGACCAGCGCAGGAGAGGUGGUCCGCAAAGUCUCACAGGUUCCCCUGAGUGCUGAGUGUAAUCGUGCCAUUAUGAAGCUGGUGUACUGUGGCCAGUGUCGGGGGCUGGGUGGGCUGAAGCCGUGUCCCAACUACUGCAGCAACGUCAUGAAGGGAUGCCUCGCCAACCAGGCCGACCUGCAGGCAGAGUGGGAAAGCCUGAUCGAUGCUCUGCUUGAGGUGGCCGAUAGCUUCGGCUCGUCUCCAGGUCUGGACUCGGUUCUGUUCUCCAUCCCCGUGUGGAUCUCUGAAGCUCUGCUCAGCCUGCAGGACAACAUGGCUGCCUUCAGAAACAAGGUGUGGCAGGCAUGUGGGAGCCCAACAGUAGAGCCGACGGAGAGCACGGACUCUGAGGACAGGAAGAGGAGGAGCAUCACAGUGUUGCACUACAAAACCAGCUCUACUGCUGCUGUUCGUCUGGAGGUGCAGGUGUCUGAUGUGUCCAGUAAGCUGAAGGAGAUGCUGGAGUUCUGGCUUCAGCUUCCAGUCGCCCUCUGCAAGAGCAAAGCUGCCACUAGCACAGACAGGUGUUGGAACGGCAACACUAAGGCCAGGUACCUGCCGGAGGUGAUGGGCGACGGCCUGGCCAGCCAGAUCAACAACCCCGAGGUGGACGUGGACAUCACCAAGCCAGACAUGAGCGUCCGGCAGCAGAUCAUGCAGCUGAAGAUCACCACCAGCCGACUGCUCACCGCCCUUAGUGGACAGGACGUGGACUUCCAGGACAACAGUGAUGACAUCAGCGGCUCAGGAAGUGGCCUGUGUUUAGGCCAGGCCUGUGUCCACUCUCGGGUGCUGGUCUCCAGGGGCAACCGGCCCAGGUACUACGCCCCUGAGAACAAGAGAGUGAAAGGAACAGCCAAUCAGGGCCUUCCAUGUCACGGCCUCCUUCUGCUCUCAUUGGCCAGCGGGGCGCUGCUCAGGCGGUAAUGGGCAGGCCAUUGGAGGGCCAGGACUCUUUUUUUAGUUUCCAUGUCAGCGAGGGUUUUUUAGU